UGCUUCUCGGCUUUCUGCGAGCUGCCAAAACAGAGGGCUCAGUCAUUCUCUGUUGGCUGAUGAAGACGAAAGAUUGAUCACUGAAUGGCUCCACCAUCACACUGACAGUGGUGAUAACUUUGAGAAACAUCAGUUUCUCCUGACUGGUGUGCAACUACAGACGUUGGACAUUUUCAACUGCUGCUCCACAGGCCGAGCCACAGCCUGUUGAUUCAUGGCGAUUAACACUGAUGUGGAGGACUGGGGUGGAGUUGGCAGUAAUGACUCUGGCGAAAGAGCGUGGCUCUUGCAGAGCCCCAGUGUGGAUUCUGUGCAACACCUUGAGACGGACAGGAGGAGGAGAGGAGGUGUGUCAUCCUUGGGAGCGGUCUUCAUCGUAGUGAAUGCAGCACUGGGAGCGGGUCUACUCAAUUUCCCUGCAGCCUUCAAUAUGGCAGGAGGAGUAACUGCAGGAGUGAUGCUUCAAAUGUUUAUGCUGAUCUUCAUAAUCAGCGGCCUGGUGAUUCUUGGCUACUGCUCCCAGGUCAGUAACGAAAGCACCUAUCAGGAGGUUGUCCGAGCCACUUGUGGGAAAGUCACAGGAGUCAUAUGUGAAGUAGCCAUUGCUGUCUACACCUUUGGCACCUGCAUUGCUUUCUUUAUUGUUAUCGGAGACCAGCUGGAUCGCUUAAUAGCAGCAGUGGCUCAUGAAACAGACAGCACUGGUGGCUUCUGGUACACUGACCGCAAAUUUACCAUUGUUGUUACGGCAGUCUUGGUUAUUCUUCCUCUCUCCAUCCCCAAAGAGAUUGGUUUUCAGAAAUAUGCCAGUGCACUGAGUGUGAUGGGAACCUGGUAUGUUACCAUCGUGGUCAUUAUAAAGUACAUCUGGCCAGAUAAAGAGGUGACUCCGGGCUAUGUUCCCACCAGUUCUGCUUCCUGGACUGCAGUUUUCAAUGCAAUGCCCACCAUAUGCUUUGGUUUCCAGUGCCAUGUCAGCUGUGUGCCGGUGUUCAACAGCAUGAGCAAGAAAGAGAUCAAACCGUGGGGCCUUGUAGUCACUCUCAGCAUGAUAAUCUGCCUCUUUGUUUACACGGGAACAGGUGUUUGUGGAUUCCUGACAUUUGGCUCCAAUGUCAGUCAGGAUGUGCUGAUGUCGUACCCUCCUGAUGAUAUUGCGGUGGCCAUCGCAAGAGCUUUUAUUGUCAUCUGCGUGGUCACAUCAUACCCCAUUUUACACUUCUGUGGCAGGGCAGUUAUAGAAGGACUUUGGCUGCGUUUUCAAGGCGAGCAGGUGGAAGUGUGUGUACGUCGUGAGCAGAGGAGGAGGAUCCUGCAGACCCUGGUGUGGUUUGUCGUCACUCUCGUUCUCGCCCUCUUCAUCCCAGAUAUCGGUCGGGUAAUCUCGCUGAUUGGAGGACUGGCAGCCUGUUUUAUCUUCGUCUUCCCAGGUUUGUGUUUGAUGCAAGCCAAACUAUCAGAGACAGACAGCCGAUCUGCCAGCUGGCAUGGAUUGGUAGUCUUCGGUGUUGUCAUGGUUACACUCGGAGCUUUCAUCUUUGGCCUCACCACAACCAACUCUAUCUAUCAAGACAUUGUCAACUAAGAGGAAGAUUUUUACCCGAGCCUGUGGUGUCCUUGUUAUUGAAGACGGGGUAGGGGAGUCCUUAGUCCUGUGCUGCUAUUCUGAACUAAGACAAGGUGGAUAUGAUGGAGGAGCAUCUCAUGACACUCAUUAAAAAAACAAACAAACAAAACAAAAAAAAAAUCAAAACCACUGCGGCAAAUCACGUCCCUCCUGUAUAAUGGGUUAAAACCUCAGAGGUCUUUGGAGGGAGUAGUCGAAGACACCACUCGAUGCCAAGUGACUUCAGAUACUUUGCCUUUUUAUUUUCUGUAAAGUUUAAAUUGCAUGUUUUAUGUUUUUAUGAUGGUUUUAACUUGCAGUGAAUACAUUUUUUGACAGUGUAGUCAUUCCACAGGGGCACAGAAUGGCUUCCCUUGCCUCUGGACCCUGUAUGAGCGACGCAUUCCUGUCCUGUUUACAAGAGCUGAAGGACUUUGUGUAGAAAGGUCUUACAAUCAAAUUGAUUUUUUUAUUGAUGAAAUUGUACCAAUUUGUGUAUUUUAACUUGCAUGUCAACGUAAAUGUUUCUUAUCAUUGAAAAUUGACAUGCUGUGGUUCCCAGGUCUAGACUUUACGUUGGUGCUGCUGAGUAAGAAUUAGGUCUCUUUUUUCCAAUGAAGGAUUGAACUGCGUGAUAGGUCUGCAUGCAGCGUUGUUAAUGAAUGAUGAAUGAUGUGUUAACUGCAGGGCUGGGCAGUUCAAGUCUUGUUGAUUUGUUCACUUCCAGUCAGUACCUCUAAAUGAGUCAAAAAUGCGAGGUUUUCAGGUUUUCAACUAUAUGGGCAAAGCAAACUAAUCGUGUAACAUUUUAAAACAGAACUAGGAAGCCAUUUGAGGUAUCUAUUUUUUAGUUUAGUUUUAUUUGUUGGUUUCUUAUAUAUUUUCUUAUAUAUUUCAUAAAGUUAGAAAUGGGUGAUUGAUGAGUUUGUGGCCUAAGGCAGAAGGAGUCAAUUUCAGAAAACCUAGCACAUUUAUUUUACAACAUAGUAUCGUCCUACAUUUACACUCUCAGUCCAGUGAUUGUGGAGCAUAUGGAUCUUGGGAAAGAGUCAGUAGUCUGAGGGGCCAAAUCCAGUCAAAUCAGGUGAAGGACCUCCUUGGGUGAUAAACCCUGGAGACCACGGCCGUGGAUGACUGCACAUUUUCUCAGACAGUGCUGACUUGUAAUUUUUAGUCACCCAAAACAGAAAUACCACAAAAAUUAUUAACUUCAAACCUUCUGCUUAAUGACUUCAAGAGUUGAAUAAGAGCUGAAUAACUCAUCUGCUUCUACCUUAGGCCACAAACUUAUCAAUCACCCCUCAUACAAAACUACAACCACGUAAGCCUGUGG